AUGAUGAGCUCAACAUCAUCAACAUGCAUGGAUGGAUAUGGAAAUUUUAUGAUGCACCAACAUCAGGUGCCGCUCAAUUUCUUCAAUCAUAAUAACCAGCAAAUAUAUCAAAAUGGAAAUACAUUUUCAAAUGCAAAUGAAUGGACAGGCGUUCCACUAGUUAAGUCUUCACUCGACUCAACACGCCGUAAAAAGGUUCAAUCAAGUCGAAGCAAUGGAUAUGAAUAUGAUGAGAACUCGAUGUCACGGCUGGCAAAACAUACGCAAGGUGCACCGAUUAUAAUGGCGAGUCGUUAUCAAAAUAAAUCUUUGAAGCUCGUCCAACCAUUUAGUCACGAGAGUGGAGAUACACGAAAUAAUAAUAUUAAUGGAUGCUCAAAGGCACCUCUAGUGGAUGAUGCACAUAACUAUGACGAGGCAGGCUAUCAUGCAAACGGAACGUGUUUGCCACGAAUCAUAAAGCCAAGAAAGCGAAGAAAGAAAGAUAGAAAGCCAAUUGCUAGUACAUCGAUUGAAAACAAUCCACCUAAUCCUUUCGCUUUCUCAUCAAACCAGUCCAAUGGAUUUAUGCAAAACAUGAGUGCAACAAGUAAUAACAACGCUUACCAAACUCAAUCAGCAAACGAUAAUUUUAAAAAACCUGCACCGCCAACAAAUGAAAAUAAUUUGUUUUUUAAUUGUGAUUUUGAUCCAAGUACAUUUUUACCACUUCCAUCAUCGACCUCAUCGUCACCAAUUUCAUUAUCUAAUUCAUCUCUCUCAUCAUCAACUACAGCGAGUUCAUGCAGCUGUCGGCUUUGUGAUCCGAAUUGUAAGAUUUGGGCUUUUCCAUUAAGAAGGUCAUUCAGCGAUAAUUCAGCUGUUGAAUUGGAUCAUCACAACAAUAGUAAUUUUGAUACUGUGCACAUUGAGACAAACAAAAAAGAUGUCGGUGUCAUUGGAGGUAACCGAGUGAAGACAGAAUGGAACUCAAGAGGCGGAUCAACAUUUUCAAUUCUCGACAUGAUUGAAUUUAAUAAUCAUCAGCAUCAAAAAUCUCUCGUGAUGGAAGUUAAUCGUUUGCGAAGUGAAAGUUCAAGUGAUUCAGGUGAUUCUGGAUGUGAUCUUCUUCUUGGCGGUCUUACAAUAUCAGACAACAUUCUCACAUCAACCUUAAAAACUUUCGGUGACAAUUUAACAAGCGAGAAAUUAAACGCAAUUACGCAACGACUAUCAGAUUUCAGUCUCAUGUCAACACCAAGAGCAACUGAUUUAAUCUCUUCAAUCGACAUGAUCAACAAUACAAACGACUCACAUUUAAAUGCAAAUGAGUUAGCUGCCGAAAAUCGCUCUCAACUAGAUAACUUGCUGAGCUUCCAAUCAAACCACAAUAGCAACAACAAUGGUAUUAAAAUGUGCGAAUUCAGUGAUCACCAUCGCGGAAGUGAUUUGGAUACAGUUCCCGUGUUAGACAACAGUGGCACAUGUAAUUAUGGCAACUUGAUGUCGCCAAUGUUAGUAAAUAAGCAAAAUUUUAGUAGUAAUUUAGAUAUGAAUAAUAACAACCAUCAUGAUUUAAAUUCAAUCGUAGAUGGUGGUCAUGAAAGUUUGAAAGAAAGAACAUUUUUUGAUCGUCUUGAUAUGACGUGGAAAGGAUCAUAA